AUGUCGCCCGGGCUGGAUCUCUCUGCAACUUCGAACCACCCUAGCGCUCCUAGGGGUGUCCGUGGACCCGACCUCGACUCCUCCACGGAAUCACUAUGGACAUCCCAUUUUGACGAAUCUUCGACAAUGACGUCCACAGCACCGACGGGCGUAGCCCCGACUCCCAGCGUCAAUUCUCCAGCCCCAACAGAGAAUAUCUCACUUGGACAACGCAUGGUCUCUGCGACCGCGGGGAAUAUCUUGACCGGUUUGCUAGUAACUCCCCUGGACGUCGUGCGCGUACGGUUACAAUCUCAGUCGAAGACCACCCUCGCCUCUCCAUUUACCACACAUACGACACAAACUCUCAAGAACCUUCCUCCGAACCUCGGGAUUACCGCCUGUUGCCGUGAAGUGUUUUGGGUCGGAGAUAAUGCGCAAAUCUGCAUGCUCGGACCGCAAGGUGGCGUGAUCGGGAGCCAGGCACAUCCAGCCAUUGAUUGUGCUGUGGAGGAAACGCAGCGACGGACUUUUACCUCGACCUUUGAUGGGCUCCGGAAGAUUGCUCGGAACGAGGGUGUCUGGACGUUAUGGCGCGGACUCAGUCCAACUCUAAUGAUGGGGAUUCCGGCGAACAUCAUUUACUUUGCUGGAUACGACUGGCUGCGGGCGGAUGACCGCAGUCCCAUCAAGAAGAACGUGGCGGAUGUGUAUGCGCCGUUCGUUGCGGGUGCCAUCGCUCGUACAGCCGCCGCAGCGGCCACGAGUCCGGUCGAGAUGUUCCGGACAAGGCUGCAGGCUACGCCGGGCCAUGGCGCGGGCCACUUCAAGGCCACAUUGGAAGGAAUUCACCAAAUGACGAAGGCGAGGGGCUAUACGUCUUUGUGGCGAGGGUUGUCGCUCACCAUGUGGCGCGACGUGCCCUUUUCUGGUCUAUACUGGUGGGGUUAUGAGAAGGUGAAGCACGCGCUGGAGAAUACACGGCAGAGUGCGCCGUAUCUCUCCGGCUCGGACAUGGAGUCACCUUCCAGUGCGACGGCCUUUUUUGAGAGCUUCAUUGCAGGCGCCACCUCGGGAUCGGUGGCGGCAUUGGUAACGACGCCUUUCGAUGUGGGCAAGACGAGGCAGCAGGUCUUCCGACACAUGGAUGACCAUGUCCCAACGAGUGCCGGCCAACGUCCAUCUAUUUCUCCCAAAUCCAUCGUCCCCGAGCAACUCUCCCUUCCAAAAUUCCUUCUGCACAUCCUCCGCGAAGAAGGCACGGCCGGUCUGUUCAGGGGCUGGGCAGCACGCUGCCUAAAGGUCGCCCCGGCCUGCGCGAUCAUGAUCUCGACCUAUGAGCUCGGCAAGCGCAUGGCUCGCGAGGUGAACGAGCGGCGGCACACUGAAAGCUCCUAA